GUGGGCCUCGCGUGAGGGGGUCGAGGUGGGAAAUAAAUAUAUAUACUUAAGGUGGGACGCUCUGAGGAGGAGUGAAGCGCCGUCAUUUCCCCACGGAGGGAAAACCAGACAGACGUUCAGGCAAACCUCCUUAUUCCAGCGCCAGUUGCUUGCAGUGCUGAUGUUCUGCUCCGUUACAUGUCAGGAUUUGUCUGGAUGACCGAGAAAUGAAAUGGUUAUAAGAAGCAAUUUCAGCGAUCUCUGCAUGCACGUCAGAACCCAGCUUUGCCACGGCUGCCCGCCCAGCAGACCUGGUUACAAGAGCCGGAGGGAUGGUGGUAGUCACGGGGCAGACCAAAGUGAGCGAUGCCAUGUCGAGUUCGGAUGCGGAGGAUGACUCUCAAGAGCCUGCCACGCCGACAGCCACCCAGGCGGAGCACACCCUGUCCCUCCUGCCUCAGCAGUUCCCUGAAGUGGUUCCACUGAAUGUUGGAGGAGCUUAUUUCACUACCAGGUUGUCAACACUGCGGCGCCACGAAGACACAAUGCUCUCGGCUAUGUUCAGUGGCCGGCACUACAUCCCGACGGAUGCGGAGGGGAGAUACUUUAUUGACCGAGAUGGGAAGUUCUUUGGGGAUGUGCUCAAUUUCCUGCGGUCUGGUGACUUGCCUCCAAGGGAACGUGUGAGGGCAGUUUACAAGGAAGCCCAAUAUUAUUCCAUUGGACCCUUGCUAGACCUUCUUGAGGAGCUCCAGCCCCUCAAAGGAGAAAAAGUCCGGCAGGCUUUCCUGGGCUUGAUGCCAUAUUACAAAGAGCACCUGGAGCGGAUUGUGGAGAUUGCAAAGCUGCGUGCCAUGCAGCGGAAGGCCCGUUUCGCCAAGCUGAAGAUCUGCGUCUUCAAGGAGGAGAUGCCCAUCACGCCCUACGAGUGCCCGCUCUUCAACUCCCUGCGCUUUGAGCGGAGCGAGGGCGAGGCCAAGCUCUUUGAGCACCACUGUGAGGUGGACGUGUCCUUUGGGCCCUGGGAGGCCGUGGCGGACGUCUACGACCUCCUCCACUGCAUUGUGACGGACCUCUCCAGCAGGGGCAUCACGGUGGACCACCAGUGCAUUGGGGUCUGCGACAAGCACCUGAUCAACCACUACUACUGCAAGCGCCCCAUUUACGAGUUUAAGAUCACGUGGUGGUUUCCUCCCUCGGUUCCGCCCCGCCCCGCCCCUCUGUCGGACGCUUUCCCCGCUGCGGAAGUGACGCAAGGACGCCGAAGGGCGGCGGGGGAAGGAAGAGGAGGAAGAAGGAGCCGAGAGAAGGAGAAACAAGCUGGUGAGACGCAGGAGGCGGCGAAGAGCCCCCCCAGCAGGAGCAAGAUGAGCCUGAAGUCGGAACGCCGAGGCAUCCACGUGGACCAGUCCGAACUGCUCUGCAAGAAAGGAUGCGGUUACUAUGGCAACCCGGCUUGGCAGGGCUUCUGCUCCAAGUGCUGGAGAGAGGAGUACCAAAAGGCCAGGCAGAAGCAAAUCCAGGAGGACUGGGAGCUGGCUGAGAGGCUUCAGCGUGAGGAGGAGGAGGCCUAUGCAAGCACUCAGCACCCUCAAGGGGCUCAGUCACUCACGUUCACCAAGUUUGAGGAGAAGAAAACCAACGAGAAAUCGCGGAAGGUGACGACGGUGAAGAAAUUCUUUGGGGCAUCAUCUCGACCGGGAGCUAAGAAGGAUGUCCCAGACUCUAAGGCUCCCAGCCCUUCGAUCAGCCGGCAAGUCAGCAUCGAAACGGACCGGGUGUCCAAGGAGUUCAUUGAGUUUCUGAAGACAUACCAUAAACCCGGCCAGGAUAUCUACAAGCAGUGCAAACACUUCUUGGAAAACAUGCAUCACAAGCGGGACCUGAGUAUUGAGGAACAGUCCGAAUAUGCCCAGGACUUCUACCAGAACGUGGCAGAUAAGUUGCAGAGCCGCUGGAAAGUGUCCCCGGAAAAAGCGGAGAAGGCGAUGGACCAGAUUGAGAAGUACAUCAUGACUCGGCUUUACAAAUACGUUUUUUGCCCGGAAACCACGGAGGAUGAGAAGAAGGACCUUGCUGUCCAAAGGAGGAUCAGAGCUUUGCACUGGGUCACUCCUCAGAUGCUCUGUGUUCCUGUCAAUGAAGAAAUCCCCGAAGUCUCUGACGUGGUCGUAAAGGCCAUCACAGACAUCAUCGAGAUGGAUUCCAAGCGUGUCCCCCGGGACAAGCUGGCCUGCAUCACCAGCUGCAGCAAACACAUCUUCACUGCCAUCCGGACCACAAGGAAUGAGCCAGCUUCCGCCGAUGACUUCCUGCCCACCCUCAUCUACAUUGUCCUGAAGGGGAACCCUCCUCGCCUCCAGUCCAACAUCCAGUAUAUCACUCGGUUCUGCAACCCCAGCCGGCUGAUGUCUGGUGAAGAUGGUUACUACUUUACAAACCUGUGCUGUGCCGUCGCCUUCAUAGAGAAGCUGGAUGCCCAGUCCCUCAACCUGAGUGAGGAAGACUUUGACCGCUACAUGUCCGGCCAAACGUCCCCGAAAAAGCAGGAGCCGGAGAGCUGGCCGGCCGACGUCUGCGUAGGGGUCCAGCAGAUGUACAGGAACCUUGACCUCCUCUCCCAGCUCAACGAGCGGCAGGAGAGGAUUGUGAGCGAGGCCAAAAAACUCGAGCGGGACCUCAUUGACUGGACUGAUGGGAUCACCAAGGAGGUCCAGGAGAUCGUGGAGAAGUACCCCUUGGAAAUCAAGCCCCCCAAUCCGGCCUUGGCUGCCAUUGACUCUGAAAACGUGGAGAACGACAAGCUGCCUCCUCCAUUGCAGCCCCAGGUUUAUGCUGGGUGAUGAGCACCUUCUGGGGCUCAGAGACAUCCCUCCCUCUAUGUCCCCCACCCCGCUUUCUUCUGCUUGGGGAGUGGGCUAAAAAGGGGCAGGAAAAUCAGAGGAAUUUAAAACCGGCACGUUUUAAAGGUACUGUUUGCUGGCGGGUGUGUCACAUGAUACUUAUUUUAGCCAGAGUUAGCCAGCUACUAUGAGGGCUGUGGGUUUUGUGUGUUCCUCGAACCCAAUUUAACUUCUUCCUUUUUACACAAAACCGGUAUAAUUUUUAAGAAACACAGGUGGUUUUUUUCCUCUGCUCCCCCUAUUCUCCCUUCCAGGUGUGUGUGUGUGUGUUUUCUUUUUUUUUUAAGUGAAGUUUUUGCUGGGUUUUUUUCCUGCUUCAAAAAUAAAAAAAUAAGGUGGUUUUCAGCACUUUGCAAGGGAUGCCAAGUUGUAGGUAAAAAA